AUGAUGCAGAAGAAGAACCAGAAGAAGAAGAAGAAGAAGAAGAAGAAGAAGAAGAAGAAAUGGAGGCAUGAGAAGAAACGGACAGUGGAAAGGGGUAAAGAGGACGGGAGCGGGAGGGAAUCAGAAACGAAGGUUCACAUUUCGGACCGCACCGAUACCAAUACUUUAGAAACCACUACAAAGCAGCUAAAAGUAUCAAUACUCCAUCUCCAUUCCCAAUACACCAUUAAAAACAAUAAAAAGGAGAUCAACACAAAAUCCCAAUCCCUCCAACCUCACAAACUUCAAAAUGGUGUGCACAUCAAACAUUCCUCGACCAAAGAACCUACCCCAUUCCGAUGCGACAACUAUCAAAAAUCGGCUCUGAAAAAAGAGAAAACGCAGAAACGUGGGACAACUAUCAAAAAUCGAAGCUCCUCGAGGAAGGAAAACGUGGAAACGUUACCGUGGACAGCAAGAGAGCACAAGAAGUAA